AGCAGCUACUGAAGCUCGCAAGAAAUAAUUACUUAAUGUACCGUGAGCAUGACAAGUUCUACACACCAAAUACCACUAUCUGGACUUUGCUGACAACACGAAGGAAAAUAACCUGCAAAGUUGAUUACGUGAAUAAUGCAACCAAUACUUCGGUUUUCUUUAAGAGAGAAUAUUGCUUAGGCCAUGAAUGGGUCAAUACAACUUUGCAGGGGAUUUUCAUAACUAUCAGCCUUUUUACUAACGCUACGUAUGAUGCAAUGAGAGUGUCUCCUCCAGGCAUUAUGUCUCUGGUGGCAGAGCAGAUACUGUUCGCUGACCCUACAUUUACAUGCGGAGUCUUCAAAAUAUUUUUGCCGCCCUCAGUUGGGGAUCGUCGCAAAGGUGGGAACUAUGAGUUGCGCAUGAGAGGGUCUUAUAACACUAUCUAUGAUUCAAUGUGCUACGCCGAAUUCAAGAAGUAUGCGCUAAAGGACUUCGUACAUGCUUUUCUGCCGGUUGCACUGGUAGAAUAA